CUGUUCGGGUCACAGAGGUGCACAAGCCAUCACACCACGUCAGGGUGCAGUCUCGUCGUGUGCGUUGGCCACAGAGGUUCGAUUUCUUUUCACAUCUGUGAAAAUAGGUCCAAUCCCCAUCCUCCUUACAGUUUGCUUCACUGUAUUACGCCGUGUGAUGAUAAUGAUAACGUCUGCUCCGGUUCAUCACUCGGACUUGAGUUGCUGUUUAUGAUACACGGCGAAGCUGAUGUGGUUGUUGCUGGAGGCUGUGAGGCUUCUGUUACCCCAUGGACUACGGCAGCUUUUUCACGGAUUCGCGCACUGUCCACUCGAUUCAAUGCGGAUCCCACUUCAGCUGCACGCCCUUUUGACACGCAGCGAAAUGGAUUUGUCAUAGGCGAGGGCGCGGGAGCUGUGGUCUUGCAGGUUUGGCCACCACCAGACGAUAUUGCUGAAUAUUGCCGCGCUGGUGGUCAUCAACCAGCCCCAAUAGCUGAAGUCAUUGGUUAUGGAAGAUCCGGUGCGUGUAUUUUUACUAUUUCUUUUCUGUCACCGGAUCCCAUAGGAGACGGAGCCUACAGAAGUAUGUUGGCUGCAGUGCACGACGUGGGUCACAUCAAUUGCCAUGCUACUUCAACACCCUUGGGUGACGCUGUCGAGCUAGCGGCUAUUUCUCGGCUUAUGCACCAUCACAGAACCCGUUCACCCUAUGCCGACACGUUACGAAAUUGUUGCGUCCUCCCCGAAACUCGUCGACUGGCACUCACUAAUUCGUUUGGCUUUGGCGGCACGAAUGCGUCGUUAAUUUUGUCCGAAUGGAACGAACAAUGA